AGGUGCACGUACUAAUCCAUCUCCGGUAAUAUAAAUCAUGUCAAGAAUUAUGUAGAUCACCAAGUAGCAUCGACGCAGGCGAUGUUGGAGCACCCGGCGAGUUUUGCAAUGCUGGCUAUGGAGCCUAAGAAGAAGCAAGAGAUCAUCGACGACCUGGAGACCUUCAGCAAGAGCCAAGACUACUAUGCCAAGAUCGGCAAGGCAUGGAAGCGCGGCUACCUUCUCUAUGGUCCACCGGGCACCGGCAAGUCCACCAUGAUCGGAUGCAUGGCCAACUUCCUCAACUACGAUGUCUACGACAUCGACCUCACCACCGUCAAGGACAACACUGAGCUCCGCCACCUCAUCGUGAACACUGGCAGCAAGUCCAUCAUCGUGAUCGAGGACAUCGACUGUUCCCUCCAUCUCUCUGGCGCCCGAGAAGCAAAAAAGAGCAACCAGGGAAACAAAGAGAGCGUCGACGAGGAGAAGGGUGAUGAGGGGAAGAGCAAAGCGACGUUCUCGGGGCCGUUGAAUUUUAUCGACGGUCAAAAGAAGGGUGAGGGGACGAGCAAAGUGACGCUCUCGGGGCUGUUGAAUUCCAUCGACGGUCUGUGGUCUGCAUGCGGAGGCGAGCGUCUUAUCGUGUUCACGACGAACCACGUGGAGGAACUCGACCCAGCUUUGAUAAGAAGGGGGAGGAUGGACGUACACAUCGAGCUUGGCUACUGCGGUUUCGAGGCGUUCAAGGUUCUUGCUAAGAAUUACUUGGAAGUGGAGGAGCACCCGUUGUUCGAGAAGGUGAAGGACCUGCUGGAGAUGGUGAACAUCUCACCGGCGGAGGUUGCGGAGUCGCUGAUGCCCAAGAAUCUACGCGACGAGGACAAGGCAAGCCAGUGUCUGAGGGAUUUGGUUCGAACACUGGACCAAAAAAAACAGGAAGAGGACGGAGGAAAGGGGAAGAAGGAGACGCAAGUGAAGCAGUAGGAAGAGCACUAG